AUGACUUACCAAUACCACCCUCCGAACAGGUCUGCACUGGAAGGGAAAGUCGUAGUGUUGACAGGAGUGCGUGAUUCACUUCCCCUGCCAUAUCUAUCCUGACGUCUCUAGGGAGCUGCAGGAAUAGGAGCAGCGACAGUUCGGCAACUCCACACAGCGGGUGCUCACGUCUUCUUUGGCGAUGUCCAGGACGAAGCAGCUGCAUCGCUCGAGAAAGAACUCUCCUCCGGCUCAGCAGUGAAAUACAUUCGGUGCGACGUCCGGGUCUACGAAGAUAACCUUCGCCUUUUCAAGACAGCAUAUGACUCUUUCGGUCGCAUAGACCACGCCUGGUCCAAUGCCGGCAUCACUGAACAGGGUAACAUAUUCGAUCCUGAAUUGGAUCUUGAGAGUGUCCAGCAGGAACCGACGAAAAGUAUGAGCGUGCUGGAUAUCAAUCUGAAAGGGCCAAUUUAUUUUGCUAGGAUCGCGAGCGUGUAUCUCCGUCAGGGCGAACAUCAAGAUGCUGAUAAAAGUCUGACCUUGACGAGCAGUGUGGGUGGCUUCAGAGAAGACCCAGGGCUCUGGGUUUAUGUGCCUUCAAAGCAUGGUGUCCUAGGGCUCAUGCGAAUGCUAAGGCGGUGAGUAUGGGUAUCGUUGUUGUCAUUUUCAUUCAUUCGCUGACAUUGUCCUUGUAGUCCUCUUGCAGAGCGCUCUCCGCGUGUCAGAACUAACGCUAUCUGCCCGUGGUUCACGAGAACUCGAGUCAGUGAAGGCGUUGCUCAUUUGUUCGAGCAUGCUGGUCUGCCCCGCAAUUCUCCAGAGGACGUAGCCAAGAUAGUGGUUGGCGUGCUCGCAGACGAAGACUUGAACGGUGCAAGCAUCUACGUUGAAGGAGGGCGCGCAUGGAAUAUUGAGGAGGGCCUGCUAAGAACCCGACCACAAUGGCUUGGGGAGCGGCAGACUGUCGAAUUAGAUCGAGGCACAGAGGUACUUGGUUCAGGCCAAGGCUGGGUCAAAAACCAGCAGUAG